AUGCUCUCAUCCCUCUGGAAAUCACCCGCACUCGCAGCAAACAUGCCCCCGCCAACCAACACCGAAAAAGAAGACCCCCCCGCCCCCCUCGUCAGCUCCUGGCGCGCCCGCGCCGACGCCGGCGAGCCCGUCGCCGUCGUCCGCGUGCGCAACCUCCAGGGCGGCGCCAUCGCCAUCGGCCGCGACGCGUGGGGGCGCCCGGGGCGAUUGCAGCCCGUGCUGUUGUCGUCCGAGGUCUCGUUUGCUGCGCCCUUUGCCGGCUCGGAUGGGGCUAAUGGUGGUGGUAGUGGUGGUGGUGAUGAUGGUAAUGGUGGCGGCGGCGGCGGCGGAAACUCCGGGGUCGCGGAUAAACUCGAUGCGGGGACGGUGCACUACGGGACGCUGAGCCAGACGCUGCUGGGGAGUCUGGAGAUGUGGAGCGCAGGGCAGAAAAGUGCAAGGGGAGGGGGGGCGGUUGCUGCUGGGGAGGUGGUGGGGGGGGAGGGAGAGGAGAAGACGCCGCGGACGGCGGACGUCUGCGAGCUGCUGUGGGUGCGCAUGACGGGGCGCGUCGUCGACGGGAGCCGCGUCGCGCUGCCGCCGGACCAGCUGCCCGUGCUGGACUUUGCGAAGCUCCGCUCGCUGGCGCUGACGGUGUCGCUGCCGAAGGCGUCGCUGCUGGGUGCGGGGGUCAGUCUGACGACGACGGCGAGUUUUAGGGAGGGCGUGCCGAGGGAUGAUAAGAGGGGGGGUGAUGGCGGGGGUAAAGAUAAGGAGAAGGAGAAGGAGAAGGAAGGGGAGGGGGGCGAAAAGAUGAACAGCAAAAACCCGCUGCGGUCGUAUGCCCGCAGCUUGAGGAUACAGGGGCUGCAUGUCCCGACGCUGAUCGGGGUGAACGCGAAUGAGCGCAAGGCGAAGCAGAUGGUGGUUGCGGAUGUUGAGAUCGAUCGCUUCGAUGUGGUGGAUGAUAUAUACAGUGAUAUUGAAACGUUGAUUGUCGAGACAAUGGAGGCCUCUUCCUUUGAGACGCUAGAGGCCCUGGCGACCCAGCUGGCGAACAAAAUAUUGUUGGACUUCCGCAUAGGCGAUAACCCAGCGCCUAUGAAGGACCGAGGCUGGCAAGUCAAGGUCUGUCUGGAAAAGCCCAUCGCCGUGCCUUUCGCAGAGUGUCCUUCUGUGGAGGUGAGGAUGGGGCCGUGA